AUGUCUAACAUAACAGAUGCCCAGAGAUGUAUGAAAUGCUCUAAAUAUGAAAAGUCAAAUACUGGAAGAACCAGCUGCAUCCCAAGGGAUAUAAAUUAUCUUUCCUAUGGAGACCAACUGGGCGCUACUUUCUCCUCCAUCUCUGUAACAUUCUCCAUCUCUUGUGCUGUAAUCCUGGGAAUCUUUAUAAAGUACCGCGAGACUCCUAUAGUGAGAGCCAACAACCGAUAUCUCAGCUGUCUCCUCCUCAUCUCUCUCAUGUUGUGUUUCCUCUGCACUUUAUUAUUCAUUGGGCGCCCAACUCAGAUAUGUUGUCUCCUCCGACAAGUAACAUUUGGGAUUGUAUUUACUAUUUCUGUUUCUUCUGUGUUGGCUAAAACUCUCACAGUUAUUAUUGCCUUCAAUGCCACAAAGCCUGGGAGCAAGCUGAAGAAGUAUGUAGGAACCCAACUGGCCAUCAUAUUAGUCAUUGUAUGUUCUUUAGUUGAGAUUGUCAUCUCUGCUGUAUGGUUGGCCUUUAAUCCUCCAUUUCCAGAGGCUGAUACUCUCUCUGACCCAGACUAUAUUAUUCUGCUGUGCAAUGAAUGUUCAGACUUUUUCUUCUUCUGUAUAAUUGGAUAUAUAGGAACGUUGGCCCUACUAAGUUUCAUUGCUGCAUUUCUAGCCAAGGAUUUCCCUGACCGAUUUAAUGAGGCUAAAAACAUCACUUUCAGUAUGUUGGGGUUCUGUAGCGUGUGGGGGGCAUUUGUCCCUGCAUACCUGAGCAGUAAGGGCAGUAGAAUGGUGGCAGUUGAGAUAUUUGCCAUCUUAUCCUCCAGUGCUGGGUUAUUGGGCUGUAUAUUCAUUCCCAAGUGCUAUAUCAUAUUUCUAAGGCCUGAACUGAACACAAAAGACCCCAUUGUUAGAAAAUGAUAGAAUUAUUUAAGGAAAAGAGGCUGAGGAGAGUCUUUUGUCCCUGGAUAAGAAAACAGAUAUGAUAAGAUAAUGGGAAUGAGGAAUGGGGAGGAGCCUGUUUGGACACUGACCUCCUUCAGCACAGGACACAGUGGAACAAUGCUAGUAUUUGGUAACCAUACAAGUAAAGAUAUUAUGCCUCAAGACAUUUUAAUCCAUUGUGUCAGAUGCAUCAUGCAGAAAUGUAUUUAUUAAUGCUGUGUAUAUUAUGCCUUAUUGAAUAA